CUGCUGGCGGUGGCUGCGUGCGUGGGGAGAAGGGAGGGGGUGGCUGCUGCUGUUGCUUGCAUUCUCAUCUGCAAAGGGGCGGCUGCUUUAACCACCACCCCACACCCAAUCCCGUUCCCCCGUAACUCUCCUUCCUUCCAGUCAAGUUGUUUAUUCGCUUUGCUUCGUGCUGGAGCCAUGGAAGUUGGUGGUUAAAGGAGUCCCAGCGCCCCCACUGGAUAAGUAUUAAAAUAAUGGAACCCAAAGAAUCGCUAAAGUCCCCUGGAGGGGAGGAAGCAGGGAAAAGUGUUCACUUCCGUGACAAAGGAGAAAUUGUGAUGGAGUUUCAUCCGUCCUUUAGGGGAGGAGCUACUGUCAAGACUCCUGCAUCUACAUCUCCCCUGCCUUCCUCUUCUCAGUCUGACUCCAAGCAACAGCCUGUUCUGUGUGACUUGUCAAAGGGAUUAGGAAGCAAUGUGCCGCAGCCAGACCUCUCUAAAGCAGUGUCGCUCUCAAUGGGACUGUAUAUGGGUGAGACAGAUGCAAAAGUGAUGGGAAACGAACUUGGAUUUCCUCAGCAGGGCCAGAUCAGUCUCUCUUCUGCAGAAACGGAUUUUAGGCUUCUUGAAGAAAGCAUUGCAAGUUUGAAUAAAUCGUCUAGUCUGGCAGAAAGCUCAAAGGGUACUGCGUCUGUCAAUGUGCCUCUAGAACCAGAGUUCCCAAGCAUGGCUAGUCGUGAUCUUACUUUAGAGCAAGGGGCUUUAGCGCAAGGCCAGGUUGGCACAAAUGGUGGCAACUUGAAGCUGUUUCCUGACGACCAAAGCACCUUUGAUAUUUUGCAGGAUUUUGAUUUGCCACCAGUGUCUCCAGGAAAAGAAACAAAUGGGAGCCCCUGGAGAAUGGACCCCGUGCUGGAUGAAAGCAGUUUGCUUUCACCUCUUGGUGGAGAUGAGAAUUUUCUCUUGGAAGGAACUGAAAUGGAGGACUGCAAGCCUCCUAUUUUACCAGAUGCGAAGCCUAAAAUUAAUGAGCAUGGGGAUCUUGUGCAGAGCUCCACAGUGCAGUUGCCACAAGUAAAGACUGAAAAGGAAGAUUUUAUUGAACUGUGCACCCCUGGGGUAAUAAAGCAAGAGAAAAUAGGCACAGUUUAUUGUCAGGCUAACUUCUCUGGGUCAAAUAUACUUGGAAAUAAAACAUCUGCUAUUUCUGUUCAUGGUGUCAGCACGUCUGGAGGACAAAUCUACCACUAUGACUUGAACACAGCAUCUGUCACUCAGCAGCAGGAUCAAAAACCAGUUUUCAAUGCCAUUCCAUCUCAUCCUGCUAGUGCAGAAAAUUGGAAUAGGUGCCAGGGAUCUGGGGAUGAUGCUCUUACAUCUGUGGGGGCUUUGAAUUAUUCUGGCAGACCUGUCUUCUCUAAUGGGUUUUCAAGCCCUGGAAUGAGAUCUGAUGUAAGCACUUCACCAUCUACCUCUUCGACAACUACGGGACCACCUCCCAAGCUCUGCCUUGUUUGCUCAGAUGAGGCUUCUGGGUGUCAUUAUGGUGUCCUAACUUGUGGCAGCUGCAAAGUGUUCUUCAAAAGAGCUGUGGAAGGGCAGCACAAUUAUCUCUGUGCUGGAAGAAAUGACUGCAUUAUUGACAAAAUUCGGAGAAAAAACUGCCCAGCUUGUCGCUAUCGGAAAUGUCUUCAAGCUGGGAUGAAUCUAGAAGCUCGAAAGACAAAGAAGAAAAUAAAAGGAAUUCAGCAAUCUAGCAUGACUGCAGGGAGAGAGACUACAGAAAGUUCUGCAAACAAGGCUGUUGUUCCUGCCUCCCUGCCACAGCUAACUCCUACUCUGGUUUCCCUGCUGGAAGUCAUUGAGCCAGAAGUGAUGUUUUCAGGCUAUGACAGUACAGUACCAGACACAACUUGGCGCAUUAUGUCAACUCUCAAUAUGCUAGGAGGAAGACAAGUGGUAGCUGCUGUGAAAUGGGCAAAGGCAAUACCAGGCUUCAGAAACUUGCAUCUGGACGACCAAAUGACUCUUCUGCAGUACUCGUGGAUGUUUCUGAUGGCUUUUGCUCUAGGAUGGAGAUCAUAUAAGCAGUCUAAUGGAAGUCUGCUGUGCUUUGCACCAGAUUUGAUCAUUAAUGAGCAGAGAAUGAAUUUGCCCUGUAUGUACGAACAAUGCAAACGUUUGCUGAUGGUCACUAAUGAGUUCGCACGGCUUCAAGUUUCAUAUGAGGAAUACCUGUGCAUGAAAACCUUGCUGCUUCUCUCCACAGUUCCUAAGGAGGGCUUGAGGAGUCAGGCCCUGUUUGAUGAAAUUCGUAUGACUUACAUCAAAGAGCUGGGGAAAGCCAUAGUGAAAAGAGAAGGAAACUCAAGCCAGAACUGGCAGCGAUUUUAUCAACUGACAAAACUUUUGGACUCCAUGCAUGAUGUGGUUGAGAAUCUUCUAAACUUUUGCUUCCAAACGUUUUUGGAUAAAUCUAUGAGUAUUGAAUUUCCAGAAAUGUUGGCAGAAAUCAUCAGCAAUCAGUUACCAAAAUAUUCAAAUGGAAAUAUCAAGAAACUCUUAUUUCAUCAGAAGUGACUGCCUUAAUACAGAAAGAAUGCCUUAAGAAAAAAAGUCAAUUAUAGCUUCUUUUUUAUAAACUAAAAGACUUUUUAAUUUUGUCCUUGCAACUAUAUUGGGUGUUCUUGUUUUUGUUUUGUAAUUAUGCACUACAUGUGGUUUACAGAGGGCCAAGACCUAGGUUUCAGAAGCAAAUGCCUCAAACUGAAUGAUUACAGGAAGAAGGAAAGGAAGGAAAUGUAGGGUUUUUCCUCCACAUACACCAUCAUAUUGACAGGAUAGGAUACACCAAAAGCAGCAGUGUCAAGUUCACAAUCUACAUUGUCAACAUUCUGGUAGGAGUUUCUGCCUUUGGCUGGAUAAAAUUUUCUAGGUUUUUGUUUUGGUUUAGGUUUUUUGUAUAGUUACAGUAGCAUUUUGAUUUAUGCAUGUAACAUAAAGAAAGUUUACAACUGUAUAUCAGAAAAGGGAAGUUGUGCCUUUUAUAGCUAUUACUGUCUGGUUUUAGCAAUUUCCUUUAACUUUAUAUACAGUGAACUAAGCUUGCUCAUUUUUCCUUACAUAAUUUUUGUAAAACGUCAAGAUGCCUAUUGUACAGCUGUUUUUUUAAAAAAUGGGGCAGCUCAUAGCUUAAUGACCUCUAGAUAUUAAUCUUUAGUAUACUCAUGUGAAUAUAGGUUGACUUUUCUAACCUGAUCAAGACUGUCAUAGUAAACCUUUUAAAUUUGGCCUAUGAAAUCAGCCCUCUUCAGGGGAGAUGGGCAGGGAAGGAUUGAAAUGUAUUCCAAAUCUAACCUGAACACUGGAAAUACUCUUGAUAACGGUCAAACCUUCUGUGAGCAACUAGAAAACUAGCUCUGUCUUAAACAGGUAUGUGAACACAAACUUUUUUAAAAAAAACUUAACUCGAUACUUGCAUUUAAUGCGAUAGCCAUAAUUAUAAAAAAUCUUGGGCUGGAUUGACAGUAAAAAGAUCAGUCUUGACUGCCCAUCAGGAAACCUUCAGGAAAAUAUGCAUAAUUGUUUAAAAGUUUACUUCUACAUGGAAAAUUUAACUUUUUCCAUACUCCUUUUAUUGCCAUAUGAGUGUAUACAUCUGUGUAUAUCAGUAUAUAUUAUAUAUACAGUGGGCACAAUCCAGAGCAGCUGUAAUACGCAGAACAAAAUUGAUGUGCACAGAAAUUGGCAUGUCUGCUGUUCUCCUUGAACAUAACUGAGAAGUAGCAAAACCUGUGUUUUUUUAAUUUGGAGAACAACAUUGAUUAUCAGUUAAUUGUUUUCCAUAACAAAGUGCAAAACUGUGCAAUUGCCUCUGUUUCUCAUUAUUGUUGGAUUAUAGCUAGUUGUCCCAUUCCAGAGAAGUCUGCUUCCUCCCACCUAAGAUGUGAUUGACACUGCCACUUCUGAUCAUUAUUGGGAAGGGUGGGAGAUGGUAGGGCUGACUUAAGAGAUGAUAGUACUGUUCAUUGAUUGGGCCGUGCAUCACCAGUGCAGUACUACCAUGAAUCCUGAACACAUAAGAGCCUGACCUCACCUCAGCUUUUUGUAUUCUCAUUAAAGUAGAACAACAAGCAGAAAAAUCAGUUUCUGCUUGUGAAUCACUCCCUGGAUUGGGGAAAACUUGUACAAUCUUGACUCCAUUUUAAGUUGAUGGCUAAAUUUCUCUUGACUUUAGUAGUCUGGAACUAUAUGUGUGUGUGUGUAUAUGCACAUGUAUAUAUACUUUACAUAAAUACAUACAUAUAUAUAUAAAUAGCAUUGGCUUACAAAAAAAUAGGUAUAAUUAUGCCCAUUAUAUUACAUUUAUUAUAAUGAUUCUUAAAAGAUUUUACUUCAAAUAAGAUUUUUACCUUUAUGCAGAAAAUAAAAUAGACCAAACUACAGAAGAGAAAACCUCUUGUACAAAUAAAAAUCCUAAACCUGUAUAUUAUUACACACCCAUUUUCUAUUUUGUUUCCUGGAGAACACAAAGAUUCUGCUACUGAUUUUAGUGGUUUAGACUAGGGCUUAGUCUCUACAUUUCCAAACCUUCUGCAUCAAACUACUAGUGUGCCAUAAAAACAACCAUAUAAGUCUUGUGAAUUUACAACCAUAUAAGUCUUGUGAUUUCCUUGUCAUCAUUGUUUUAUAUUUUAAACAAUUUGUAAGCUGUAGUAGCCCAUCCUCUGAGCACCUUAGGAAUUUUCAGAAAAUUUUAAAUGCUUUGCCACUCUAAAGGAGGAGGAAGAAGAAAAUUUCUUCUAAGUGGCCUAAAUAUUUCUGUAAAAAUUAAUUGAUGGGGUUUUAUUACCUAACAAUGAAGAGGUUGAUAUUACUAUACUAAUUUUUUUAGUUAUUUCAAAGCGUUUGGCAGUAUUUGAAGAAAAGAAAGGAAGGGCUACUACAGCUUGAAAAGCAAUUUAUCAAAUUAUUGUAAAAUAGCUUGUAUAGUGUAUCAUAAGAAUGAUUUUUAGAUGACAAAUUGCUUUAUCAUGACAUGUGAUAUAUUUUUUCUAGGGGUCACAAAUGUGUUAAAUGGGAACCCAUACAAAUUGAGGUUUGUCUGGAAGUAUUAACUGGGGCAGCAUUGUUCUGAAGUAUCUAAGCAGGUACUCUAGUUUUAUUUUGUGUGUUUUUGUUGUUGUUUUUCUUUCCUUUUUGUUUUAAAGGCACUUACUUACCCA